AAUGGAACUACGUCCUCCAAAGUUUGACAAUGACACCGACGGGUCGAAUCGAUUGCUUCGAUGUUUAUGGCAAGACAAUCGAUUGCCUCAUCACGUCGAGCAGCGAGCAUUACGUGCAAUGCAUACACGUUGUUCAAUGCAUAUCGCCCAUGAGACUGUCCAUCGAUCUAAUUUAAUGCGGCGGCGGUCUCCGCUGCAGUCCUCCUUGCUCUAUUGUUGGCCCGUUAAUCGGUGCUUUCUACUGUGCUUCAACACGAACUACCAAAAAGUUGAUUUUUAUGUUGAUUUCAAAGCUCGAGCGAAAAGAAAGAAUACGGAUAACAGGCACACGAACACUUUUGUGUACCACCUCUCGAGACCCCGCUCCAUAUUCGCCGUCUUUUUAAAAUCACCGCCGCAUUGUAUGGAGCAUGCAGAAGAAAUCUGGAGAGCAAAACACAUGCAUUGGGUAUGCCGAACUGCCUUACAUUA